AAAGAUAGAAACUUGACUUAGAAGCCAAGGGAAUUGAAUUGAAGUUAGAUGCACCCUACUAUACGUCUUCCCAUCCCGGCCUCCCUGCAAUUCAAACCUAUACUAUACUCCUUCUUCCCAUUCUUAUCUUUCAUUAACAAUGGCAUCCCUGACGCCAGGAGUACUGAUCAAGCUUCUCCAGACCAUCAAUUCCUGCACCGUCAAAAUCCGCGGGGAAUACCGCUCCGUCCUAUUGCAGGUCAUCAGCAUCGUCCCCGCCAUUUCAGGCUCCGAGCUCUGGCCCGACCAUGGCUUCUUCAUUAAAGUCUCCGACUCCUCCCAUUCCACCUACGUCACGUUGUCCAAACCCGACAACGAUCUCAUCCUCAACAAUAAGCUGCAGCUGGGGCAGUUGUUCUACGUCGACAGAAUGGAGCCCGGAACGCCCGUCCCGGUUCUGCUCGGCGUUCGCCCCAUUCCGGGGCGCCACCCCUUCUUCGGGAGCCCUAAGGAUUUGAUGCAGAUGAUGGAGGCCGCCGGGGAGAUGGAGUGUGAAGUGAAGAAGGAGAGCGCGAAGAAUUCUAAUUCGAAUUCUAAUUCUAAUUCGAAUUCGAAGAAGAAGAAGAAGAUAGUGAUCAAGGAGGAGAAGGUGGGGGUUGCUUCUCGGUAUAUGCAGGGGGUGUUAACUACGGCACAGAUGAAGGCAAAAGGGAGUGAUGAGAAUGAGAACAAUGGAGGAGGUCAAGGUGUUGUUGGAGGUUUAAGAGGGAAGCAACAAGAGAUCAAAGUUCAGGCGCGCCCAACAACUCCCUCUGCUCGCUCUGAUGCACUACUCACUUCUGAUUCAACAAUCAUCAAUGGUGUCAACACCAACACACUUCCAAAACGUACAAACAAACAAGAAAACGUUGACGUCAAUUUCAUGUCCAACAACAACAGACAAAACAUUCUGUCUUCUCACCCAGUUUUAUGGUCAUCCCUACCACCAAAUCUUGUAAAACCUGGAAAGGGAAUGCUUAGAAUGAAGAAGUUAGCUUCUCUGAUAGCAGCAGAAGCUCAGGCAGAAGCCAUGGCAGCAAAGAAUCUCCUGCAAUGCUUCAGUAUGUUUGCUGAUCUCUGCUCAUCUGCAUCACCAGAGAACCCCCAUCUCUCCAUCACCAAAUUCUUCGCCCUCCACGCCCUCAUUGAACAACCAAAGAAGGCACUAGACGACUACUGCUUCACAAAACUCUCUGUCACAGACAAUAAGAAGACACCAGAUUCCAAUCAUCUUGGCAUUGGCAUUGGCAUUGGCAAAGGAAAGCUGAAGCCCUCGAAGCCGCCUCUCGAGCUAGACCUCGGAGGCGCAGAGAAGCUGGAAUGGGCAAGAGGGGAUGGCCUAAAAGCCACCAAGGAGCUAAGGGAAUCUCUGUCAAAUGAAACACAUCUCUGGUUCCUCAAAUUCUUGGAUGCAUCACUUGAUGUUGGGUUUCAGGUGAACAACAAUAACAACAAGGAGAAUAAGAGCAAGGGACGCCAAGAAGAGGCGAACCAUAUUGGCCUCACACUGUCACUGCUCAAACAGGCAAAUGAAUGGCUGGACAAGAUGAUGAUGAGAGGCAGCUUGGAAUUGGGCUCAGAAAUGCAUGGCUUUGUUGAGAAGCUGAAGCAGAAGGUUUAUGGUUGCUUGCUUGUUCAUGUUGAUUCUGCUGCAUCAGCCCUUGACACCAGAUCUCACCGCAACUGAUUCCUAUCUUUAAUUUGCUAAAACUUCAAGAAUAAUUGUGAUUAUUAUUUUCAUGGUUACUUGUAAUUUAUGAAUGCAACUAUUUAUUUCUGAUGAUGGGGAGUUCAGAAUCUGCAGAAAGAAUUGAACAUCCACUUUUCUUGCUAA